AUGAGUCCGAGACAGGGCAACAAUGUUGGUGGCGCCACCUGGUGGCCGUUCUGCGCCAUCGAGGGGGCAGAUGAGGAGGAGAGUUACAGACCAUCUGGAAACCCAGAUGAGGAGGAGAGUUACAGACCAUCUGGAAACCCAGAUGAGGAGGAGAGUUACAGACCAUCUGGAAACCCAGAUGAGGAGGAGAAUGAGGAGGAGAGUUACAGACCAUCUGGAAACCCAGAUGAGGAGAGUUACAGACCAUCUGGAAACCCAGAUGAGGAGGAGAGUUACAGACCAUCUGGAAACCCAGAUCAGGAGGAGAGUUACAGACCAUCUGGAAACCCAGAUCAGGAGGAGAGUUACAGACCAUCUGGAAACCCAGAUGAGGAGGAGAGUUACAGACCAUCUAGAAACCCAGAUCAGGAGGAGAGUUACAGACCAUCUGGAAACCCAGAAGAGGAGGAGAGUUACAGACCAUCUGGAAACCCAGAUCAGGAGGAGAGUUACAGACCAUCUGGAAACCCAGAUGAGGAGGAGAGUUACAGACCAUCUGGAAACCCAGAUGAGGAGGAGAGUUACAGACCAUCUGGAAACCCAGAUAAGGAGGAGAGUUACAGACCAUCUGGAAACCCAGAUGAGGAGGAGAGUUACAGACCAUCUGGAAACCCAGAUGAGGAGGAGAGUUACAGACCAUCUGGAAACCCAGAUCAGGAGGAGAGUUACAGACCAUCUAGAAACCCAGAUCAGGAGGAGAGUUACAGACCAUCUGGAAACCCAGAUGAGGAGGAGAGUUACAGACCAUCUGGAAACCCAGAUCAGGAGGAGAGUUACAGACCAUCUGGAAACCCAGAUCAGGAGGAGAGUUACAGACCAUCUAGAAACCCAGAUCAGGAGGAGAGUUACAGACCAUCUAGAAACCCAGAUCAGGAGGAGAGUUACAGACCAUCUGGAAACCCAGAUCAGGAGGAGAGUUACAGACCAUCUAGAAACCCAGAUCAGGAGGAGAGUUACAGACCAUCUGGAAACCCAGAUCAGGAGGAGAGUUACAGACCAUCUGGAAACCCAGAUCAGGAGGAGAGUUACAGUUACAGACCAUCUGGAAACCCAGAUCAGGAGGAGAGUUACAGACCAUCUGGAAACCCAGAUCAGGAGGAGGAGUUACAGACCAUCUGGAAACCCAGAUCAGGAGGAGGAGAGUUACAGACCAUCUGGAAACCCAGAUCAGGAGGAGAGUUACAGACCAUCUGGAAACCCAGAUCAGGAGGAGAGUUACAGACCAUCUGGAAACCCAGAUGA